CAAUUAUUUGUUAAUGAUCGAUACUAUCGGCUCACUAAAACUUCCCACACGCCCCUGGCAACCCUGCCCAGCUUUGGAAAACAAAUUUUUGCAAAAUCGUAAACAAAAACCUUUUGUGGAAAUGAAGCAGGAUUAGGACUGAGCCAGUACACCCGGUUGCGUCAUGACUGUCUGCGUGCUCUGCCUGGCCAGCUCCAAUGCCGGCUACGGCCUAGAGUCCGCUGAGGGCGUCCGUCUGAGCAUUAGGGCGACCAUCAACAAGCACUUUUCGUUUUCCGAGGUUCUUACGGCGGGCAAUGAUGCGGAGGUCUGUCGGGAGUGCUGGGACUGCGUUAGUAGCUUCGAGGAGUUCCACAAGCGAGUCUCCUGUCUGCAUCAGCAGCAGAGCAGCGAUUCCAAAAGCGAACCCAUCGAAUUUUGCGGUCAGACGGAGGAGGCCAUUAAUCCGCUUUAUUCUGUGGAGCUGGACGCAUUGGCGGAGGGCUUCUUUGCGCCCAGUGAGGUCAAAGUGGAGGCAAACGAACUGGAACCCCUGCCCAAGGUAGAACUUUGGGAAGACCCAGUUAAAACGGAAAUAAGAACAGCUCCGAAACGGUUGGGUGUCCCAAGCGAGGGCUCACCACAUUCGAAGCGGCGCAUUAAAAACGAACUGCCAGUGGACAGUGAUUCGGAUGCACCACUGGCGGAUUUUUUAAACUCGGAUACAAAGAGCAGUUCGAUAAGUUCCGCAAAGAACAGCGAGACGAGUAAGGGUCGCCAGCUACGAAGGAGUUCAAGAAGAGGACGGCCGCCCAAAGCUAAGCCGGAAUCCCCUACGUCCCCAAAGAAGGAACUGGACUCCGAUGAUGAGUUUGUGGCAGUCGACGCUUUCUUGGGCACGGAGGACAGCGCCAGUUCCUCCAGUGAGAGCAGUGAGGAGGAUUCCGACCGCAGCUUGCCGGACAUAGAGCCGGAGGAACGCUACGCCGAGAUUCCCAAGCGGGUGGUAGUUAAGCCCAAGAAGUACCAAAAACGGGAAAAGCCCCUGGUUCCACCCGUUCGCCUGAGCCGCGAGGAGAUUGAGCGGAGGAAGCUCCAGCAAAACGAGUACGAUGAGAUUAUCCUGCAGUUUUUCAAAAAGUUUCCGUGCGCCGUCUGCAAUCUGCUGGUGCAGAACUUUGCGGACAUGCGACGCCAUCAACGCGUUUCCCACAACAUCGACUCUGGCUUCAUCGAAUGCUGCGGGAGAAAGUUUCACCUACGCAAGGCUUUGGCGGAGCACGUGUUGGUCCACAAGAACCCAGAACACUUUAUGUGCUCCCAGUGCGGGCGCGUGUUUCAGGACUCCCGCUCCCUGGAGGUUCACGAGCAUACCCACACAAACCCGGAGGUCAAGGCGGAGGCGAAGGAGAAGCGGGUCUAUCAGUGCGAGAAGUGUCCCAAGAGCUUCACCACCAAGGCGGCCAUAGAGUAUCACGACGUUUCCAAGCAUGUCCCCAAAUCCGAGUUUAAAUACUCCUGUCCAGAGUGCAACAAGAAGAUUCCCACGGAACGCAAACUGAAAGAGCACUUGCGUUACAUGCACGACCCGGAAUCGGCCAUCAUCUGCGAUAAGUGUGGCAAGACUCUACGUUCACAAACGAAUCUCAAAAAGCAUCACGAGCUGGAACAUUCCGAGGAACCGCGACCCAAGCCCGAUCCCGUGCAGUGCGAGAUUUGCGGCACUUGGCUGCGCCAUCUGUCCGGACUUAAGCAGCACAUGAACACGGUGCACGAGCCGCCGGGCGGCGAGCAUCGCUGUCACAUCUGCAACAAGACAUCCACCAACUCCCGAGCCCUGAAGCGCCACAUCUACCACAACCACCUCUGUGAGCGGAAGUUCAAGUGCGGAAUGUGCGAAAAGGCAUUUAAGCGUCCACAGGAUCUGAGGGAGCACACAUCAACCCACACCGGCGAGGUGCUGUACACCUGUCCCAACUGCCCCAUGACGUUCUUUUCUAACGCCAACAUGUACAAGCACCGCCAGCGGCUCCACCGAGCAGAGUGGGAGGCGGAUCGGAAGAAGCCGCUGCCACCGAACAUCAUGAAGAUUUCGCAGGGUGCCACCACUGCGAUGAAGAAGCGCCAGGCCAGCGGCGCUCUGUUCCCACAGUCGGAACAGAAGCAAUAGCAUUUGUCCAUUUAC